CUUGACUCUCCUUUUUCUCUUUCCUACCAGUGAAGAAAGUAUGCGGAUGGAGCCAUGCCUCCACUCCCAAUAGCGCCCGUCACUGCGUGGAAGCCUCGAAUAAUAUGCUACUUUCAAACCUACCAUCACAGCGACCAAUAUAUUUCCCUUUUACCACUUCUCACCAACACCUCUGGAAUUACGCAUGUGAUAUUAGCAGCGAUCCACGUCAACUGGGACCCUCAAAACCUGACGCUCAAUGAUGACCCGCCCGACCACGAGAAGUACAUCCAGCUCUGGGACGAAGUCCUUGUCCUCCAAGACUCCGGGAUCAAGGUCCUGGGGAUGCUGGGUGGUGCCGCUCGGGGUUCCUUUGCGAGGCUGGAUUACUCUGAAUCGAGGACCGACGUGCCCACCGCAAGGUUUGAAAGCUACUACAUUCCGCUACGUGAUAUGAUCAGGCGGUACAAUCUCGACGGACUAGAUCUCGACGUCGAAGAAGAAAUGUCCCUUCCUGGGAUAGUGCAUCUGAUCGAUCGACUCAGAGCUGACUUUGGGCCGGAAUUCAUCAUCACGCUCGCUCCUGUGGCCACUGCCCUCAUGGCUGGCCGGCCGCACCUGUCUGGGUUUGACUACCGAAUGCUCGAGGCCAUGCGUGGGUCGAGUAUCGCCUGGUACAAUACGCAAUUUUACAACGGAUGGGGAGGGUUGCAUAAUACGGCCGCCUAUGAUGAGAUCAUGCGCAACGGCUGGCCCGCGGAGAAGGUUGUGGCGGGCAUGUUGACGAACCCCAAACACGGUGAGAGCGGGUACGUGCCGCUGGAAUUAUCGGCGGCGGUAUUGAGCCUGUUGGUGGAGAGGUACCCGGGGUUUGGAGGUGUGAUGGGGUGGGAAUACUGGGAUGCGCUGCCCCAAGAAGGCGAGAACUGUUGGAUGUGGGCUUACUGUAUGGCCUUGUGUAUGGGGAUGAAGAAGGUGCGGGAUGCGGCCUUGGUGGUACAGUUGGGACGAGGCUUGGCCGGGAUCUCUGUCAAUCGGUGACAAUGAUGGUCAAGGAGGAGGAUGACAUGGAUCUUUGCUCGAGUGCUACAUGUUUUUGAGGCAAGCCCGCGCAAAGGUUGGGAGCAGAGAAGGCGUAAUUGCACUGGCUAUUGGGAUCCGACUCCAGCAGCAUGAUGGACACUCGAAACAAUUAUCUCCAGGUUUGCCUUCGAUUUCGCAUUCCCUGCGAAGAUAGACCGUUGAACGCACCCUUAGCGGGAAAUGUCGAACCGAUGUAUACUCCUUUGAC